AAGAUUCAGAAAAUUCCAUUAACAAUCACAUGUACAUAUUACAGUAACCUAUGUAUUUGCAAAGUUUUGGUGAAAUCUCACAUGCAGUCCAAAAUAAAAUAGCAAUCAUGAGAGGCUAAAAAGCAUAUUUAUGUGCUCUAAUUUUGUUAUUUUUUGCACAGAAAAGUAUAAAAAAUUGCAUGAAACUUAACAGUUGAACACAGUACUCAAUGACAUGCACGUGUGAUUUUUUUGAAAUUUUGUGGAAGCACGAGAAUUAUAUUUUUUGCAUGCUCUCCUUUAGGUCAUUGAGCUUUAUUUUAUUAAUCUGAUUGCAUAUCAUUGCAUUUGUAUACAGGAAUCAAUCGACUAAAGCUCGAGGAAUUCAGCUGGAGACUUCUAGUGAGCUGACUGGUCAAUGAUGACCCGGAAAUGGAAUUAAUCUAGGGGGUGGAGAUUGCAGUAUCUUGCCAAUUCAUCAUGCGUACAGAAGUUAUCAAGGCAAACACCAUUGAUGAGGCUGUUGAAGGAAUUCUCGAUGAACUCAAGUAUACUAGAGGAAAAGAAAAUGUCAUAUACUUUGAUGGCUGGGACGGGCUGGGGGCAUCUGCGGUCCUGCGAGCCGCAGCCCAACAGCUCGAAUCAAAUGGAAAGAAAUGGCAGUUUGAGCAAGUCAUCCACAUCGACUGCUCAAAGUGGGAGAGCACAAGAGCACUUCAGAGGGAAGUCGCAAAGCAUCUGAAGCUUCCCAAUCAGGUGCUGGAGAUGUUUGACAAGCAAGAUGAGGAGGAUGAUUUCAAUGGUAUUACUGAUCAACGAUCUCGGGCAGGGAUAACAGAGGUUGCAAUAGAGAUCCAGAGGAGCAUACAGGGCCGCAGGUUUUUGCUGGUUCUUCACAAUGGAAGCAACGAGGAGAUUGACAUAUCUAGCCUUGGCCUUUCUGUAUAUGAAUAUUUGACCAACAAGGUGAUAUGGACCUUCCAAGGGAGGUUUCGGAUGGACCCCAAUAUGAAAGACAAGGCCAUGAAGAAGGAUACAACAGAUGUUCUUCUCUCAGCUUCAUGCUAUGAGAAAAAUCCACAGGAUCACUGGUACUAUCUACUGCGUGAAGAGGCUACACUAGUUGCAUACAAGAAUAGCGUUGAUCCUGCAAUACUUGUUAAGUGCUUCUUGUAUAUGUUGACACUACAUUGCACCAGCCGCCAUUAUGUCGACAGCGAGUAUGAUUUGGCUACCCAUGCAUGCAACUAUUGGAUAUGUGAUGGAAUCAUACAGAAAGACACAGACAUUGCUGAAGCAUGGCAAGUUGGUGAGAGACUGCAAGGUGAUAUCCGAUGGAAUAUGGACUACCGCGACAAUGAAUUUCCCUCUCGCUUUCUAUGGUAUGCCGAAUGCGUACCACACUGGGCAUCACCAGCUCAUGGAUUUGUGCUGGUCCCUGAUGGAGUCGUUCCUAGCAGAACGUUUCAGCAUUUUGACAAGCUUGGCGUGAUAAAACUCUCAAGGUGUAGCUUCAGCUUUUCAUCACCUCCAUUUCUCUGCUGCCACGGCCUUAGAUUUUUAUGGCUUGACCACUGUCAAAACCUAGGAAAGAGAUAUGGGGCGCACUUGGAAGAGGAGGACACUGCAAGGUUGUUGGCAUGCUUCCAAAGCUUAUGGGUGCUUGACCUGCGCUACACAGAUUUGAAUCUGAUCCUGUCCGCACAGGUGAUGGAUCUCAUGACCCAGCUCAGGGAGCUAAACGUGAUGGGAGCCAAAAACUGGGACUUUAGCCAUUUACAAGGACGACUGCGUAACAUUUGCAAGCUCCGGUUAACAAAGUCCACUGGCUGGUCCAACACCAAUGUGUUCUCGGAUAUGGAAAGCAUGGAGCUUCUUGAUUUUUCAGUCAGUGGUUACAUGAGAAGCUUAUCUGGCUCAGCAAGCAACACUAACCUUGAGACUGUCAUUAUUGGUGCCUAUGACGAGUUAAAAAUCAUCUCUUUUAGGGACUGCAAAGAAUUGAAGAACAUAAUCUUGAAAGGAUCGUUGGGGAGUCUUGAAGAGCUGGACCUCUCAGGCACAGGAGUGAAAACACUCAACUUCAGGGAAGUGGUAGCCACCUCGCUCCCCAAGCAGAUCAUCCUGCUAGGCUGCGGGAAGCUCCGUGCAAUAUUGUGGCCUAAGACAUUUGAAGGGGAAGGGUGGUCUGGUUUGCUGCAUCUUGACACCACCUCAAUAUCAGCAUCAGCUGUCGGAGGUGAAGCAUCACAUGCACAUCCCCUCAGCGAUCAAGCCCUCCAACAGCAGAAAGAAGACAAGUUUAACGGUGGAUGGCGGAUUUCUCUUAUGGAUACGAGGCUCCUGAGGUCGCUUUCUCCUGUAAGAGAGUUUUUAAGGGCCACAUCCGUACAUAUUGAUAUCUGUUCUGCAACUACUGUUGGUGGUUGCAACAUCCAAGGAACAAGCAGCAACAAACUACUGCAAGUCCAACCGCACACAAGGACCAUGGUGGACUCCAUGUAUGGAUAUGUCUUGAAGGAUGGUGGCCCAGUUGGAGUGAAGGUGAUGUGGGACUGCCCUAAGAUAUUUCUUUAUUGGGACGAACCAAAGACAUGUAUGAUAAAGAUCAUUCAUGGGCAGGGCAACAAACUUUUGGAGGAUGCCCCAAGUGCUAGCACUAGUGCUUUGUUAUUGCCUGGUUUCAUAUGCAAGCAGAGUACAUCUGUGCAUGUCUAUGACAACUUGUCCAUCACCAAUAUCCCUCCACCUCCCGACGGAUCAGGAUGGCAGAGUCUAAGAUGGUGCCGAGUCGAGAGGUGCCCCAAGCUACACACGGUCUUCAAUACUGGGCAGGGCAGCGGUGCGUCCAGCUUUAGGCGUCUGGAGACAUUAUGGUUGUCCCAGCUUCUGACGGCACAGACAUUUACUACGUCAACUCUCACCUUUUGUAGCCUGGAGUUCUUGCACCUGGACUGCUGUCCCAGGCUCUUACAUGUGUUCACCUUGGCCAGCAGAAAUUCAGGGAGGUUCUUCUGUAGUUAUUUGCAGACCCUCGAGAUAGUGUACUGUGACGAUCUAAGGGAGGUCUUCCCUUUGGCCCCUGGGCCCCAAAAACAGGAUACAGUUAUAGAAUUUCCCUAUCUGAGGAGCAUCCACCUGCAUGAGGCCCCCAAGCUGCAGCACAUCUAUGGGUGCAGGAUGUGGGCGCCUAUACUCGAGACCGUCAAGAUCCGAGGCUGUUGGAGCCUUAGGCGUCUGCCGUCCGUCGGCUGCGACACCAAGCCGCCCAAGGUGGACUGCGAGAAGGACUGGUGGGAUAACCUUGAGUGGGACGGGUUGAAUAAGUACCAUCACCCGUCCCUCUACGAGCCAAGCCACUCGCUGUACUACAAAACCGAUCUGCCCAGAGGCACCAUACUCAGGUAAUUCACCCCUCCUGUGAAUUGAUCUUCGGGCUCGUCCAACCUGAACGCGUGUACGUCAUCAUGUGGACCUACGUAACUGAAGCUUUUCUGCUGUGUUGCUUGAUUGGUCUAUGGUGUUCUCUACAUCGGCAUUGCCUUGGUGCGGUGACGCCCCUUUGCAGUUUCAUCUCAUUUGGUUUGGUUUGGUUUGGUUUUGGUUUGAUUUGAUUUGGCCAUCCUUGCUCGGUCCAUCAAAGCACUGUUCAUCUGGUUGCUUCCGAGCAAAUGAGAAAAUAAGUCAGAGCGGGCAUUCAGCUGAUGCAGCAUGAGCUCCGUCUUUGCGUGGGUGUGAGUGUUUGGUGUGGUGUAGUCAGCCGUCGACUGACUGUAAUAUGUAAGCUUGAAUGAUGAUGGUGAUUAUUUGUGUAUGUGGAGUUGUUUGUCGUGGUUUGAAUAAUCAACCGUUUGUAAAUUCUAAUUUGCAACAUGAAUGGUAAUGAUGAUA